AAUAAACGGAAGCCCGCUCACCUCGUGGUGGGAAGAGGAGGCACACAGACCGUAGCGUGGAGCCCCACGGAGGCUCCAGUGGCGACCGCGUUUCUCCCCCGGGAAAUAUCCGCGGCGUCCGGAGCUGCCAUCCUUGAUCCCGACUACUUCCGGUGUAACUUCCGGGUCAUGUGCUUUCAUCCACGCUAAAAAGAAGCCACGUAAGAUCAAACUCACGUUCAACCAAAACUCACAUUCAUUAUCAUGUUCAAAUUGGAAGGACUCGCUCCUAAAAUGGACCCAGAGGAAAUGAAGAAGAAAAUGCGACAGGACGUCAUUUCAUCGUUACGCAACUUUCUUAUCUACGCUGUCCUCCUUCGAGCCACUCCAUUUGUCCUGAAGAAGUUGGACAGUAUAUGAGAUGUCUUCUUUGGUCCACCCUGAGGAUCUCCACUUUGUCAGAGGGCUGUGAGGACCACCACCACCAUCACCACCACCAUCACCACCACCACCACCACCACCACCACCACCAUCACCACCACCACCACCACCACCACUAGGAGCUUGCUGGAGUCUUUGCUCCAGAGGAUGACCAACAUGUGUCCAUCUUUACUAAUGCUGUACGUACAGUACCAUGUUAGUACGUACAGUACCAUGUUAGUAUGUACAGUACCAUGUUAGUAUGUACAGUACCAUGUUAGUACGUACAGUACCAUGUUAGUACGUACAGUACCAUGUUAGUAUGUACAGUACCAUGUUAGUACGUACAGUACCAUGUUAGUAUGUACAGUACCAUGUUAGUAUGUACAGUACCAUGUUAGUAUGUACAGUACCAUGUUAGUAUGUACAGUACCAUGUUAGUACGUACAGUACCAUGUUAGUAUGUACAGUACCAUGUUAGUACGUACAGUACCAUGUUAGUAUGUACAGUACCAUGUUAGUACGUACAGUACCAUGUUAGUACGUACAGUACCAUGUUAGUAUGUACAGUACCAUGUUAGUACGUACAGUACCAUGUUAGUAUGUACAGUACCAUGUUAGUAUGUACAGUACCAUGUUAGUAUGUACAGUACCAUGUUAGUAUGUACAGUACCAUGUUAGUAUGUACAGUACCAUGUUAGCCUGCUUUUCUUGUGUGAAAUGUAUCUUGUUAUUGUAUGAAUGUUCAUUAUGGAAGUUCUUUAGUGCAAGAUAGAUUCACAGGAUUAAAAGUGAUGAUUAACUUA